AUUUUUCACCGAUCAUCAAAACCGUUAAAAGCAAUUGAUCGGUUAAUUCGCAGUUACGACAAUGGAACAAUAUGAAUGAGAGGCAUGAGAUACGGAGGAGCCCUUCCUCUUCCUCUCAACUAUCGCCAUGCCAAUGCGUGUCUCAGUUCUCUCGUCUCCCUCUGCGGCAGAGAGAGGAACUAUCGUCUCGGGACAUCGUUUCAUGCUGCUAUUCUCAAAAUUCUCGACCCUUUCGCCCUCCACGCUCGUAGCCACCCUAUCCACGUCUGGAAUGCGCUCGUCUCCAUGUACUCCAAAUGCGGCCAAAUGGUCGCCGCGGCCAAGGUGUUCGAUGAAAUGAGGCUGAAAGACUCCGUCUCGUGGAAUUCCGUCAUUUCAGGUUGCUUGAUCGGGAAUGACUGGGAAAGAGGGAUUGGCUACUUCAAGCGAAUGCAUCAGUCGGGGAUCAGCCUUCCCGAUCAUGCUACCUAUUCCACAGUUUUGUCAGUCUAUGUCGAAAUGGAGCUCUUCCUGGGGAUCACCAUGAUCCAUGCUUGCACAAUUGUUAGCGGAUAUCUCGUAGUGGUUCCAGUAGGCAAUGCCCUCGUGACAGCUUACUUUAGGUCCGGGUCUCCGAGUUGUGCCCGAAAGGUGUUCGACGGAAUGCGGUGCAGAAAUGUUGUUACUUGGACCGCCAUGGUUUCUGGGCUCGCUCAAAACCUUCUGCCAGAGGAUAGCUUAGCUAUGUUUCACAACAUGCGAUUUGCGGAGGAAGCAAACUCUCUUACCUACACAAGUGCCCUCCUCGCUUGUUCUGGACUGCGGGCUCUUCCCGUAGGACGACAGAUUCAUGGUCUCAUUCUAAAGACUGGGUUUCAUAUGGACCUCCAUGUUCAAAGUGCUCUAAUGGAUGUGUACUCAAAAUGUGGCAUGAUGGAAGAAGCACUUGAACUCUUUCAGGCCUGUAAAAAGACUGAUGAGGUAUGUGUUACACUGAUUUUAGUGGGUUUGUCACAUAAUGGAUUCGAGGAAAAGGCAUUCAAACUGUUUGCUGAGAUUGUCAGAUCAGGGAAAGAAUUUGACGAAAACAUGUUCUCUGCUGUUUUGGGUGCAUUUGGUCCCUCAGCACACCUCUCUCUAGGCAAGCAAAUACACUCAAUGGUCAUUAAGAAGUCACUGGGAUCAAAUAUUUUUGUUUCUAAUGGGCUGAUCAACAUGUAUGCUAAAUGUGGUGAACUGUGGGAUUCAUCCAAAAUUUUUACGCGGAUGGAGGUUAAGAACUCGGUGUCGUGGAACUCGAUCAUAGCAGCCUUUGCCUGUCAUGGAUACGGUGGGGAAACACUCAAGCUAUAUGAGCAUAUGAAAGCCGAAGGCAUGGAACCAACAGAUGUCACCUUCUUGUCUUUGCUUCAUGCUUGUAGCCAUAUAGGUUCUAUCGAGAAAGGCAUUGAGUAUUUAAAAUCAAUGCACUUGCAUCACGGGAUCGUACCGAGGAUGGAGCAUUAUGCUUGUGUCGUGGACAUGUUGGGUCGAGCAGGGCUUUUGAACAAUGCAAAGAACUUCAUUGAAGAUCUUUGUGCAGUUGCCGGCCCUAAUGCUCAAGUUUGGCAGGCAUUGCUUGGUGCUUCUAGCAUUCAUGUUGAUUUGGAGAUAGGAAGAUAUGCUGCAAAACGUUUGCUUGAAAUUUCACCAGAAUGCCCUGCAGGUUAUGUUUUGUUGGCAAACAUAUGUUCAUCGAAGGGAAGAUUGGUCGAGAGAGCUAGAAUCCUCAAGCAGAUGAAGAAGAAAGGAGUGAAGAAGGAUACAGGAGCAAGUUGGAUUGAAGUGGAGAAGGAGGUGCAUGUUUUCGUCGUCGAAGAUAGGGUUCAUCCUCAAGGCAAGGUGAUUUAUGAAGUAUUGAACAACUUGGUUGCUGUUGUUAGGGACCAGGAGCAUGAGGCGCGCAAAAGGUCUGUGUUGUAUGAUUUGGAAAUAACCACCAUGAAAUGAUUUUUAAUGUACCAUUUUGUAUCAAAAUCUUAGAAUAAAUUACUAGAAGAAAUGAUCAUAAUUCCCAUUUCAUUUUAUUUUGUUUCACCCCGCCAAAUCUCCAUAAACCUAUGUAAAACUAAU